AUGCUGGCAGACUUCAACAGUGCCGAGCACAUCGUCAUGGAGCUCAGCGAGUACGUCACCGAGGUGGACGUGGAGAUCGCGCGCCGGGCCAUCCGCGCCAUCGGCACCAUCGCGGUUCAUGUGCCUUCGACUUCGGAGAUGAUCGUGAGCUCUUUGUCCAACUUGUUGGAGUUGGAUAUCGAUUACGUUUGUACAGAAGCAGCAGUGGUCAUGAAAGACCUGGUACGGAAGUAUCCCGAGCAGUUUCAGCAAGCCUCGGGGGCAGUGCAGAAAUGCCUAAAAAUUGUCAGCGAGCCUGAUGGCAAGAGUGCCUUGCUGUGGAUUCUGGGCGAGUACGGCCUGCUCAUCGAGGACGGUGUCGAGUGUCGACCAUUCCUGCGGACUGACGUCGAGGAUGGUGAGUCGAGCGGUGCUGUGCAGCUGGAGAUGCUCACGGCAGCCGUGAAGCUCUUUUUUUGUCGGCCGCCGGAGGUGCAGAAGAUGCUGGGACGGCUUCUUCAAGAGGCCAUCCAGGAUUGCACGCAUCCGGAUGUUCGGGAUAGAGCCCUUCUGUACUACAGGUUACUGCAGGUUUCCCCAGAAGAGGCGCGCAGAGUGAUCUGCGCUCCAAAGGAAGUGGUCGAAGAGUUCCAGGAGGAGAUGGAUGCCGACCUCAAAGACCGUGUCUUCGAGGAGUUCAAUUCGUUCCUUGGCCCGAACAGCAGGCCGACAGGCGGAACGGCCUGCCGCGGAGCUGGCGGAGCUACCCGGGCGGCGGUCCGGUCCCAACGAUGGUCCGGUCCCGGCACCGGGAUUGGCGCGAAUGGAAGUGACCGCGUCGCGGUCUGA